UUAACACACUAUAAUAAUUGUAUGCAAAAUCUGUAAUGAGUGCUAAUGUUUUGUCAACAUUAAUUCAAAGCGUGUAGUAAAGAGGGGAUUGAAAUGUCCUGUCCUGUUUAUAUUAUUUUAUGUCUUUACACAGAAAUGUGGUCAAGUUAGUCAAUUUUUUUAUGUAGCCAAAAUCACAAAGUUGCCUUUGUGCCUUAAAUAUUUUUACAACAUACAAGUCCCUCUAAUCUUAAAACAACCACCAAAACACCUUCAACAUGUACUAACUGGGGAAAAACAUCCAACCAUGUGACAAUUUUAAUGUAUGAUGCUCAUAAAAAUCCCCUAAUGUGUUGUGACAGUUCAACCUGAGUAUGUUAUAAAGCCAGGUGCUCUCAGUCAGUGACACAGAGGAGAGGACUGCUCUGUCAUGUGUUUGUCUUGUGCAAUCAGAGAGUCAGUCAGGUAUCGUGCAGCAGGUUUUUUCUCUUCCUAGUAUAUGUAUGAGCCUCCAGGCCUGCCACUCUUGAAACCUGUAGGCUUCAAAGGGAUCAUGCAUGUGAUAGGGAGCUCUGGCAGCUUUUCUUCGGCCUGUUUAGCUUUUUAUUAAAAAUCCCCUGCUGCCAUGUGAACAAUUGCAGAUACUUUAGAUUAAAAUGUAACCAUAAAUGAAUGAAAUCAAUAACAUUUCCCCUGGAAUAGAGCUUGAAAGAGUCACACACAAACAUUUUGAGCCUGCUUCUCAAGUAAACAAUUAGACGGUUGUGGUAUAACUGCCAACACAAUAUAAUGGAACAACAUAUCUGACUGUUUGGCUGGUUUAUUACUGUGUAAUUAUUCUUUUCCUCCUGUUGUUGGCAGCAAAUAACAUUCCAGUUUUGCUCCUCAAAAAGCCAUUGUGCAGCAGAUAUAGUGGGUUAGAGGCCAAAGAUGAUGCAACACCUCAGUUAAGUUUUUUACAGGGUAGUGGCUCUGUAGAGUGCCAUUUCUCAGUGACAUGUCUGUCCUCACGUGAACCUUAUGCUUUACCUGUAUUGGUUCUCUAACAUAUCACCCCACAAAAGGCACAACACAUUAGCCAUCACAUCAGUAUAAUUAGCAAACUUUUAUUAUGCUAUGUUCUGUAUGUUAUGAAUCAUUUCCAGGCAACUAUUGUCCCCUUUUUUUCUUUUUUUUUAAGGUCUAUGCUUUUUAAUGGCUACUUCACUCUUCACCAACCCUGCUAUGUCAUUGGCUCUCUCUCACUUUGAAUCAGUGCAUUGAAUAUAGUUGCAUAUUUAUCUUAAUUGAAUCCCAUUCAAUACUUUCCCAGUCCACGGGGGCAAGCAGAUGCUGUGAGUGUUAAUGGGCUAUUGAUUUAGUCUUGAAUCAGCUUGUUUAUGAGAUAAUAGCGAAUACGUCUUAAGCAAUUCACUCCACUGACCUCUGGGGGAUUAGUCAUUCAGGAAACUCUAGACUUCCAUCUCUGUUGCUAUAGUUUUAUUUUCUCUGUUAUUCUAAUGAGGCAUACUGUUUGGCUUCUAAAGAAAGGUUUUGAGAUCAAAGUGUGGCCGCGUAGGCAGCUGUGGGAUGCAGAUGAGAGGAGGAGAUGUUGGGUCAGCAUUCAUACAAUCAAGUUUUGCUCCCUGUCGCUCUCACUCUCUCCCUCUGUGGUUUUCUUCCCGUUUCCCUGUGUGAGCUCUGAGUGGGAGAGUGUCUGUAUCCAUGAGGAUCAGCUGGAGGGAAUACCAAUAAGCACCGCAGGCUUCUUCCCCUCUGUGGUUCUGUUCUCUGCUGAAGGGACGGUUUUGUUCCAUCUCAAUGAGUGUGCCAGCUCAAAUGCCCUGUGUGUGUUUGUGUGUGUGCAUGUGUUUGGGGUGCACAGAGGCAUCGAGAGAGGGAACGCUAAAAAAGUGACACCCUAUGCACCACACACCACAGCCUCAUCAUUUUGACUCAAAGUUCCUCAGAUCACUGCAAACGCCUGUGCUUGUAGUAGUGUCUGUGUGCCUGCAUGACCUGAACCUACACUGUGAACUGAUGGUUUCACCAAAUUACAGCUGGGAUUGUGAUGUCCUGUUUGCAUUUUAUUAAUGACCCCUCCCAACAGGGAGGUACAGCGAGUUUAACAAGAAACAGGCUCAGUUUCUGUAUGUCCUACUUGUCUGAAACAAUAUUUAUUUCACUAAUACUGCUCAGUUCAACCACUACACUACAUACCCACCCAAUUCGGAAUAAUUUGUGUGCUUUCACCUCACUCCAGUUCAGCAAUGCUGAAUUGCUGCUUUGCCUGUUUCUUCUAGUGCUGCAGUGGGCAGAUGAGCAGACAUUCUUUUUUGCAUGAAAAAUGUAAUCGCUAACUAGAUCAUUGAUCUAAGAAAGAGCACACUGCAGUGCUAGAUAAGUAGCAUCUGUUUCUAUCGACUCCCUCGACUUUGCCCCCAAAAUGUAGCUCGAAGAUUUGGACGGAUUUCUCAAGCAGAACAACACAAAGCUCUCCCUUGUUGGGUUAAGAUUGAGGCUAAUGCAGUUGGAACUUUAUGUUAUGCUGUCUAGCGAGGUCAGAGCAUAUUAAAUGGGUCAUGGUGUUGGACAGACGCUGUGUGCUAUGUAGGGCAGCGUGGGGGAGAGGGGGCUCAAACAGGGCUGAGGUGUAAGGGAGGCUCCCUGGGGGCACACUGGGCCUCCUGUAGAUCCUGUUAGAUGGAGAUGAUGAUGAUUGGGAUGAUGUGCGCUGCUGUGCUGUGUUUGGGAGCGUCCCCCCUUUGUUCUAUUCCUAUCCUCUUAUAGGUUUUGGUUUCUGUAGCUCUCUCUCUUUUUUGUCUCCCACUUUCUGUCUGUCUGUCUGCUGUCUGUCUGUCUUCUUCUGCUCUACUGACACACUAAUAUCAAUUGGUGAGUCAAACAGCAGUGGGCGUAUGCCUGGCUUGUUAAUUUCACAUUUUCUCACAUUGAUAGUGAUAUACCAGAUUUUAAGCAUAUGAUCAGACAGAUGGGUCUCACACAGUCCAGCUUUGAAAUCCCAAAGAAUCUCAGUCAGUGAUCGCAAGUAGGAGUUCAUCCUGUUGCUCAAGGACACUCAUACAGGUCACCUGGCUCCAAUAAAUGAAAUUCUAUUUGAUCAAACUCUACUCUGUGUUAAAUCUGUCAGUUAUGGACUGUUCACCUAACUGUCAGACUUUACCGCUGCCAUCUGCCGUGUUGUUCAAGCAGCGUUUCCCCUAGUUACUGAGCUUACACCCCUCCCAUCGUCUCCUGCCAUCCCCAAAGGCCCUUUAAUCCUGGCCCUGUUUCACCCUCCUACCUCAACCACCCCUGGAGAACACCUGCAUCCAAGUGUUUGGGAGAAACGGAGUGAAAAGUAGGGCAGCUCCUCAGUAGAUUUGGGAGGACAUUUUCAUCAGCAUGCGUCUAAUUCAUUUAGCAGAGCCACUCAUCCAGAGAGACCCUCAGAUUUCUCCAGCAGUAAGUCAGCGUGGGUAGAAAUUUUGAGUAGCAGCAGUAGUGGCGGUGGAAAUGGGCUUAUUACAUUUCUAAUAAAAAUGGCGUACUCGUUUUUGGGUUUGAGUGUGUGUAAAACAUCUGUGUUGUGUUAUUCGUGUUAUCUGCGCUGCUCUUAUGAAUCAGGUCUUAUUGUGCCAAAAGCCAUCUUGUUUUAAUAAGAAAAAGCUUACGCCCCUCAUUCCAGCUGUGUCAUACAAGUUUGGCUUGACAUUUACUACUCCAGGUGCGUGAGUGUAACUAUGGAAGUUGCACCAAUAUGCUUUCCACUGCAGGCCUCAGCAGUGAUCCAUUAAUGGCACCUUGAAGCAAUACACAUGCACCACUGUGUUUUGUGUUUGGCGACUAAUGCUACAAAAGAGAAUAUUGAACAUUUCAAAGUUGAGGCUGGGGAGAGUGCCUGAGGAGCUAGCUUAGUUCCAGUAAGCUGUCUGGUUGAACAGGCAGCUCUUUGUGUUUGUUGUUUGAAAACGAAGCAAGACUGGGUAAUAUGAGAAACCCACACACAAGCCUGCAUUACACUUCCUCUUGAAGAAGGAGGAUAUUAGGCUCCUGUAUGACAAACAGGUUUGACAAAAGGACAGCUUUUGUGUGAACCCGAUUGUUUUGUCAAGAGAUAUUGCAUGCACUCUGGAAGGAGCAGGAUUGUGAUUGGGCGCAGGGCUCCUCAGGCUAUACGUCAGGCCAGUCAAUACAUAUGCAGUAGCUCGCUCAUCAGAGUCCUGGACAGAGCAGAGGACCGGAGUACUGAGGGCAGUUUCCUGAGCAUCCUUGGGUCGAUGCGUCGGGGUUCCUCAGAGAACAAUCUGGACCUGGAUCUGAGUGAUGGAGGUCCUGGUCCUGCGGUGGGCUGCGAGGUCCAGCGUAGUCGUUCUUGCUUGGACAACCUCCAGCAGAAGAUACUAAAAGUCACGGAGCAGCUGAAGAUUGAGCAGACGGCCCAGGACGAGAACGUAGCUGAGUACCUGAAGCUGGUGAACAGUGCCGACAAGCUGCAAGUAGGGCGCAUCAAGCAGGUGUUUGAAAAGAAGAACCAGAAGUCAGCUCAAAACAUUGCCAAGAUGCAAAAGAAGCUAGAGCAGUACCAUCGAAAGAUGAAAGACAGUGAAACCCACCACAUCCCAUCCCCUCACCCAUCUACUGUCAAACACAUUACCUUACCCAGGGAGUCUCCCAGAGAGCUGCUGAGGGAUAUGACUGGCAGUGGCCGACACCCGACCAUGGACAAGAUCAAGACCAUUGGCCCAGGUGUUUCCCUCUCCCCUCCUUUCUUCUUCAGCAAGCCCAGAGAGUUCGCCAACCUUAUCAGGAACAAGUUUGGCAGUGCUGACAACAUCGCCCACCUCAAGACCACUCUGGAUGCUUCCUCACCGCUCCCCACUGACAGUGCAGGAAAGGGGCUGAGUAGCAGCACCUCCAUGGUGGGCAAGCCCAAGUAUCCCAGUGAUGAUGAGAGCUCCUCGGGGAGCGCCUCCAUUUCAGCAGACAGUAACGGGCAGCCAACAGGGGGAAUGUCGGCGGUGCAGGCGCAGGGCCAGGACCAACAGGCCAAGGGAGACAGCCAGAGCAAACUGGCUCUGUGCCUGGAGGAGGUGAGGGAGAUCAAAGAUGCCCAGAGCCAGCUGGAGGAGGAUAUGGAGGAAAUAAAGGCUCAGUUCAAGAAAGAGUAUGGCAUCAUCAGCCAAACACUGCAGGAAGAGAGAUACAGGUACGAGCGUUUGGAAGACCAACUAAACGACCUGACAGAACUUCACCAAAACGAGAUGACUAAUUUAAAGCAGGAACUGGCCAGCAUCGAGGAGAGGGUGGCCUACCAGGCUCAUGAAAGGGCCAGUGACAUACAGGAGGCUCUGGAGUCGUGUCAGACGCGAGUGUCCAAGCUGGAGCUCCAGCAGCAGCAGCAGCAGACGGUCCAGCUUGAGAGCCGUGAUGCCCGGGUCCUGCUGGGAAAGAGCAUCAACAUCAUGCUGGCCAUCAUCACCGUCAUCCUGGUGUGUGUCUCCACUGCUGCCAAGUUUGCUGCUCCACUGAUGAGGAGUCGGCACCAAGUGGUAGCUACCUUCCUGGGAGUUUGUUUUUUGACCAUAUUCUGGAAGAACUGGGACCGUUUACAGUAUGCCAUAGACAGGUUGCUGGUACCUGCCUGAUAGUGAAAAUAAUACUGCAGAAACAUGGACACUGUCUGUUGUCAGGAUAGGACUGUCUAAGGAUUGGUUGUACAAUCGUCACACACACAAGAUCGCCAUGCAUUUACAGAGGUCAUGGUUUUUCAGUCAAACUGAAAUUUAAUUUUUGUGAUUUCUUUCUUGUUUAGAACUUGAAUGUGUGUUGCUAACGAUUUUCAUUUAACCUUUAAAAUAAUAUUUAUAUAACAGUACAUUUUGUUACUUCUCUAAGAAUUGCUAUGAAAUCAUCACAAGAAUCAAGAAGGGUGGAGAGAAGUGCUCAUGAGACUUAUUCUUGAUUAUUCUGUCUCAUUUUGCUUCAGCUUGACGUUAACAUCUCUCCAACAGUAAAAAAAAAAAAGCAUGCACACAAACAAAACCUCAAGCUUAAUAUCUUGUUGGCCACAGUUAUGAAAUGCUAACGUCACCCUAAGAGGAUUAGUUGGACAUUUUGGGUUAUACACUCAUUCGUUUUCUACGAAAGUUAGAUGAAAAGAUUGAUACUAUUCAUAUUUGUACAGUAAAUAUGAAGCUACUGGUAGCAGCCAGUUAGCUAAGCUUAGCAUGAACACUGAAAACAGGGGGAAACAGCUAGCAUGGCUCUGUCCAAAGAUAACAAAAUCCACCUAUCAGCACCUCUAAAGCUCACUAGUUAACAGUCAUCUAAACAUCUUGUUUGUUUAUCUUCACAAAAACCAAAGUGUAAAAAUGACAAGAAAUAGUCAGGCACAUAACCCUCAAGGUAUUGUUUUUACACUGGAUUUUGGUUUGUUUUUAGAGGUUCAGAGGUACUUGUAGUCGGAUGCAAGCUAGCUGUUUCCCCCUGUUUUGAGUCUUUAUGCUAAGCUAACCUAACUGGCUACUGGUUGUAGCUUUAUAUUUAGCAUACAGACAUGAGAGUGGUAUGAGUGGUAUCCAUCUUCUAAACUAACUCUCGGCAAAAAAGAUACUAAGCAUAUUUUCUUAAAAUGUUGGAACUAUUACUUUAAAUGAAGAAUCUACAGACUAAAACACAGAGGCAAUAGACAUCCUCUUUCUUUUUUAUGUUUUUUUCUUUUCUUUAUUCCUUAUUGCCUUGUCUGCCCUCUGUGGUCAGUCAUCUCUUAAAGGUUUUCUGUUUACUGUUGCUGAUGUUUAAAGUGCAAUAUAUUUGAUUUCUACAAGCACUGUUUUUUAAAUGUUUCUUUUAGGAGUGAACGUUUCACAUCAAUGUUUUACAGUGACAGGGUGCUGGUGCUGUGGGGGGAGGGGGUUGAGUAAGUGUCAUCUAUGUUGGCAUUAGCGAUCCAUAACCACUGAAGCCACUGGUGGGCUCUGAUAAGACCAGCUGUCUCCUCUCUCAAGGGCCAAAAAUCAAUCCCACUGCAUUACAGUGCUGGUAGCGCGGUAAUAUCAACACACCAGCUCUCCAGUGCAGACACACAUGCGCACACACCCAAACAACACAAAAACAAAGCAUGUCACUUGCGUAUGAUGUUUGUCUUUUACUAAUAAUGUGAUUAAGAGGCGAUGGGUUAUACUGUGAAACAAUUUUUCCAAGGAAAAAUGCAAUUCCCUUUAUUAAAGAAGCAACAAACCACCUUCAGUACUCCCCUGAUGACAGAGGAGCAUGUUACCGGCUCUAAGUGAUUAUCUAUGAGCCCAUUCUUUUGACUGAUUAAUGUGUUAUAUCAUUUUUGUCUUACAAACAUUGCCUUUGAUGAUCUCACAAGAAGCUAUGGACGUUUGUCUGCCAUAAUAAUAUGUUUGUGUUAAUGUUUGUUGUCGUCUUUCUGUUGCUCUACUGACUGUAUCAUAUUUUUUUUGUUUUGACAUAUUUGAGGAAGUUUUACAUGCAGAACUACACAUCUGGUUUACAUUCUCAUUCAUUUCUGGUGCACUACGUGAUCAAUCAGUUGUAUUUUCAUGCAUUACGUGCCUUCGUCUGACACUUUCUGUUAAAUUAAACAAGACUUUUUAAUCAA